CAACAUGAAGGCAGAAAAUAACACACAGAUUUCUGAAUUUCUUCUCCUGGGAUUAUCCAAGAAACCAGAACUGCAACUCUUUAUAUUCGGGCUUUUCCUCACCAUGUAUGCGAUCACUGUGUUGGGAAAUUCGCUCCUCAUCCUGGCCACCAUCUUUGACUCCCAUCUGCACACCCCCAUGUACUUCUUCCUCACCAACCUGUCCUUCGCAGACAUUGGUUUCACCUCCACCACCGUCCCCAAGAUGCUACUGAAUAUCCAGGUGCAGAGCGAAGUCAUAACCUUUGAAGGCUGCAUCGCCCAGAUGAGUUUCGCUUUGUUUUUUGCAGGAGUGGCUGAUUUCCUCCUUACGGUUAUGGCCUAUGACCGUUUUGUAGCUAUCUGCCAUCCCUUAUCCUAUAUGGGUAUCAUGAACCCCCAUCUCUGUGGGCUGCUGGCUCUGAUAUCCUGGAUCCUAAGUGCUCUGCAUUCUUUGUCGCAUGGCAUGACCGUCUCCCAUCUGUCAUUCUGUAUGGAUCUGGAAAUCCCCCACUUCUUCUGUGAACUUUAUCAAGUGAUCCGACUGGCCUGCUCUGACACCUACGUUUAUGACACAGUGAUGUAUUUUGUAACCUUUCUGCUGGCCGGUGGUCCUCUGGUGGGCAUCCUUUAUUCCUACUCUCAGAUAGUUCUCGCCGUCCGUGGAAUCUCCUCAGCUCAGGGGAAGUAUAAAGCGUUUUCUACCUGUGCAUCUCACCUCUCGGUGGUCUCCUUGUUCUAUGGUACAACGCUAGGAGUGUAUCUCAGCUCUAGUGGUAGCCACAGUUCAAACGCUCAUGCAGCCGCUUCUGUGAUGUAUGCCAUGGUCACACCUAUGUUGAACCCUUUUAUCUACAGUCUGAGGAAUAAAGACCUCAAAGGGGCUUUGAAAAAAUUGAUGCUGACAGCUGUAAAUAGUCAGUUGUAUUAAGGAUUUAACUGACUUGUAUGACUGUGGUUCCAGACAGUGCAGGUUAAGUCCCUGACGCCAUCUUAUAUCACAGUUAAGCAGUGUACAAUCUCUCUCCUCCUCCUUCUCCUCCUCUUCUCUCCUCUUCUUAUAAUAAAUAACAUUUACAAAUUGA